AUGUCUUUUAGGUUCAAUAAGGGAGCUUUCGAGGAUAACUCGUUCAACGAGCAAAUCCGAGAAGCGUUGACUAGUGCGCUCAACUCAAAAACUCAAAGCUCCUCGCAAACCGCACCUGCCAACACAACUAAUUCAGCCGCCACUGAUGAGGUCAAGCAGGAAACCAGGGGCCCGAAGCGAUUGGACAUUCUCAAGAGCGGGAUCAGCGUCAGCAAAGUGAACUUCCCAUCAACCCCUCAACUUGAGAUUUUGGAUUUGGACGUUUCAGCGCAAUCCAGGUCUUUGUUGAAGGGCAUCUGCAAAGUCUCGUGUAAGAACGCGAUGCUAGAGAUCAAUACAGAGAUAGAGGCCAACUUGCUUUUGCUUUACACAAACGACGGGCCGUCUUUCACCACUCCCCGCCUGAUCUCCAAUGAUUCAUUCACGGUUCCAAUCACGAUGACUUUCAACCAGAUCGAACUGGAAGCGAUCACGAACAUUUUUGUCAAAAACAAUAGUGUCGGUAUAUCUUUCAAUGAUGUCAACCUCGACUUUGACUUCGACUGCUCAAUCAAACUGCUGCAAUCAAGCAUUGAGAAAAGACUAAAGGGCUCUAUGGAAACAGUAUUUAAGGAAGUGCUUCCUAGUGUCAUUUUCAGCAUGAGUCAGCGCUGGUUCACUCACGGAGAAUCUACCUGUAACAGCGCUUCUGACGACAAAAGCGCUGGAAGGCAGGUUGAAAAUCAUUCUCACACACCGCGCACAAUCCUUGAGGAUUGCGAUUUAGAGGACUUGUCGCCAGCAAAUAUGCUGCGGCUUUCCACACUGGUAUCUUCGCGGCAGUCACUUUCGUUGAAUCCCACGGCUAUGAAUACGCUGAGCACUAUUCCCGGCUGCCUGGAGAGACAAAACCUGCAUAGAUUCAACUCCAGAAUACCGGCGCUGAGCAACUUCUACCCAGACUUUUACGAGGUCGAAUCUCCGCAUCUUAAAGCGUUCGGUAGAUCUGUAAGCACGAAUGUCAUCAGUAGUGGGAAGCUGGAGCAUCAUAACGCUCUUCCUCAAAGGGUGCUCGACGAGAGGUCAUACGAUUUGAAAACUAUUGCAUCGGUGCAGUCGAGGAUCUUCGAAAGGAGCAGCGGCGACGGCACGGCUAUCAGGAGAAGAAAGAUCAAGAUGGGCAAGAAGUCUAAAUCAAAAAAGGCUCAAUCACAAGACAUCGAGAAUUCAAGCCCAACAGUUGUUAUGCCAUCCUCCCCAAGCCUUGAACCAUCAGCUGUAUCUACACCUGAAGCUCUACACUCGCCGCAGCCCACUACCGCUGUUCAAUCCCCAGAAUUACUGGCAGAAAAUUCCGAGUCUGUAAGCAUUCCUGCGUUGAUUCUACCAACGCAGGCGGAUCAUUACACUUUGCCAGUCAAGACAUCUGCUCCCAAACUAAACCUCCUAGAGGAGGCGCAUUACUUGAAUCGCAAACGCGAGUUCCAAAAACUCCGUACCAGUCUCUACUCCCCAAUAAGAAGUAACAGGUUUAAUUUGAACAAGGAGAUGGAGCGCCCUAUCUUGGAGCACAAAGGCCUCAAUUUUGUGGGGCUUACCCAUGGUUUGAACUGGGGUAGUGAGGACCUCCCCCCGCCUUACAGAGGUUAG